AUGUCGUCGACGCGACCGCGACGAUCCGCGCCCGCGGCGGCGUCCGUCCCCGACAACGUCCGCCGCGGUCUCGCGUCGUUCGUGAACGGGAACGAGGAGCUCGUGCGCGCGAUGGGCGUCGAGGAGGACGGCGACGGCGGCGACCUCGUCGACGCGCUUCUGGACGUCUUGCGCGUGAACGCGCUGAGCCACGAGAUGCUCCUCGCGCGGUUCUUCGACGCGAGCGCGCUGUCGAGCUACUGCGAGGGGGUCCUAGGGAAGUCGGGGAAAGGGUCCGCGGCGACGCUCGCGGAGAGGAUAGCCCGCGAGUGGUCCAAGCCAGGGUUCGGGACGUGA